ACCACUCCUCCUCCUCCCUCUUCUUCCUCCUCCUCUUCCUCCCCCUCCCCCCCCUCCACCAGUGACGUCAGAGCUAUGGAGGCUUCGGGGCCGGGGAUCAACUCUUCAUAAUUUAUCGUUUUAAGGAGCCGCGGGCGCCUCUCUGGUCUUCAUAGGGUAAGAGUUAGGUGAAGAGAGUGAGAAUGGUGCGCUCCCCUGCCCGGCGCUCUCCCCGUCCCAGGUCUCCCAGGCCACGGUCACCGCGGCCCAGGUCACCGCGGCCUAAGUCUCCCCGCAGGAAGUCCCCACUGCGGCGUCCGGCAUCACCCAGAAGACGGAGCUUGGAGCGAUCUUCUCGGCGGGGUCCCAGGAGCCCCCCACCCAAGUCUGCAGCGGCCAGUAGUGGCAAUGGUGUGGCCAGCAGUGGGGGAGGGGGAGGGGGCAGUGGACGCAGGCGGAAAGGGAGGCGGAGAUGGAGAGCAGGAAGAGGAGGAGGAGGAGGAGGAGGAGGAGGAGGAGGAGGUGGUGGUGGUGGUGGUGGUGGAGGAGGGGGAGGUGGUGGAAGUGGAGGAGGAGGAGGAGGGGGAAGUGGGCCACCCAUGUCUGGGGGUAUCAAGCAGCCCAUUGCCUCCAUGAGGAUGAGGAUGGAUGACUACCGGCCACCACGUGCUGAGCGGCUGCUGCGGGACCCAAAAGAAGUGGAGCGAGGGCCCAUAGAGCAGGUGGUGGUCCGGGCGCGGCGCGAAGCCUCCACCCGCACCAAGGACACAUUCUGGACCAAGAAGUUGCUGGACGCUGAAGCUACUCAACCAAACAGGUCAAGGAGCAGGUCCCCUCGCUCCCCAAGAAGGUCUCCGCGGCGAUCUCCUCGACGCUCUCCUCUCAGGUCAAAUGCCAGAGUGUCCCCACGGUCCCCGAGGCGGUCUCCAAGACGCUCUCCAAAGCAAGCUCUCAGAAGAAAGAACUCACGGUCUCCCCGCUCUCACGUGCACAAGAGGAAAUAUUCGUCCAGUUACUCCCGGUCAUCAUCCAGCACCAGUGGCUCCUCAUACUCCAGAAGCUACUCCUCAUAUUCACGCUCAUCCUCCGGCUCCUCCUCCUCCUCGUACACCAGCUCCUCCUCCAGUACCUCGGGAUCCAGGCGAAGGCGAUCCUACUCCCCAGCCCCCAGGAGACCCAGAUCCUUCUCAGGGUCCCCAAGGAGGAGGAGAAUGAGCAGGAGGCAGCCACCACCCCCUAAUCCAUCAUCACAAGUAAGAAUGAAACAAGUAACUCACCAGGAAACCACCAAGAAACUGGUCACCAAAACAGUCAGUAAUGUUGUCAUCAAAUCACGAAAUUCCAGCAACAAAGUCCCCAAAAUGAAAAACAAGAUGAAGAUUAAAGAUGGAGAAGGUGUGGUGCGCAGGAAAGCCAGGACUCCUGUCCCCACCACGGUGAGUAAUUAUUACGAUGAGAACAAUGUUGUCGUGGUAGAUGAGUCCACCGAGUACAGGGGCCCAGGCACUCCUCCGCGGGGCCCAGAAGGACGCCACCUACUCGACCCCCAUCACUAUAAGGUUGUGCCGCCUGACCACCCAGACUACCACCGGCCUCCCCCGCCCCCAAGGGAAUCACCAAGAUCGGAAGGUGAAGACACUGACUCUGAAUCAUCUUCGGAGGAUGACGAUGGCCCACGCCGAAUGACCUUGUCGGAGCGGUUUGGGAAGCUGGCACAACUCAGCUCCCAGCGGCAGGAGUACGAAGGAGUGAGGAUGAAGAUAGUGCGGGAAGGAGGUCAGGACAAAAAGGUUUAUCUUGAAACGGGUAGACUUCAAUCAAGGUCUCCUUCCCCGAGUGGCAGGAGCCGGGCCACCCACCCGGCCCAUGAGAGGUGGCUUCAGGAGCACCAGGCAGAAUACCGGGAGUACCAGGAGCGCUACGGAGAAAUAAGGCAGUGGGACCCCCAUCGUGACCUGCCCCGGGAACUGCCACAGAACUGGGAUGACGUACAUGUGAGGUACCGGUAUUACAAGGAGUCCGGUUACUUUGGGGACAGAUCCAUCACACUGGAUGACUACCUCAAGUGGGAGCAGUGGUGGUACCGCUACCGGGACUGGCUGGAGAAGUAUGGAGGCACCCAAGAAAUCGAGGAGAGAGAUUGGCAGUACCGCGCUUCCAGUUAUGAAUAUGAGACCCGCGGUGCCUCCUCGGGGCAGGGCCGGUGGGCACGGAGGGAGCCGUCACGUGAAGCUGACGACAGGAAAAGAAGAAGAUAUUAGCUAUUGACACUUUACCUGUAAUAUAAUUCAUAUUUUGUUUUCGUAGUCUUUUAAUUUAAAGUAAAUACGAUAAUUAUUAACUCUAAAAUAUUUAUGUGCGUACAUGUAAUGAGCAGCAACAAAGGUUAGAGGGAGGGAGUGCAUUAAGCUUGAGCUAUCUACAUCAUACAUCAAUUAUUUAUUAAAUAUGAACUUUGCUGGGAGCCUGGUGAAAGAGAUUGUGUACUAUUUGGUAAUUUAAUUUCUCAGACUUACUUUCUUUGACUCAAGAUAUCUGACACAGACUUUAUUUGUGUUUCAUAAUAGCAGAAGUAUGCAAUUUGUUUUCAUAUGUCUCAUAAUACUGUUUUUGCAAUAAAAAAUGUUAAAGAUCCUAAAAAAGAUUGUAUGUGUCUCAUAUUUUGUUAUAGGUGUUGACUAUAUUCUAUUUCUCAAUGCUUAUGUCACUAAUACUUCUGCAUUGGUGUUUCAGGUAGAAUGCUUGUACCCGAAAUGUUUACAGCUUGUCAUUUUGGAUGGUAGAGUGUUUAUUAUAUGACAAAUGUAUAUGGUGAAUGCAUAAGUUUAAAAUAUUUUAUGAAUUUUCCAACACCUUUAAAUUAUAUAUAUGUCGAUAUUUUAUUGACUUGUGGUAAAUUUGCCAGUAAUUUUAGUGAAUAGUUUGCAUCAGUUUCAGUAUCGUUCCCAGGUAUUUUUAUCAUCACUAAUCUCUAGUGUUAAGAGCUGGGUCUGGUGAGCCAGGAAGGAGACACCUGUGACAGCCUUGGGCCUGCCAGGGAUGGGAGGGGCCUGGCUAAGUCCAUGGCUUUGUGGCUGGUAACAGUUGGCAUCAGAUGUGUGGCAGAUUAUUUAAUAUAGCUAUUUAUAUUAUGUAAAGAGUCACCUUGUCAUAUGAGACAAGAAAAGUUUUUUAUA